ACGAAUUUGUUGUCCAUAGCAACUGCAGAAUCAGAUGUUACUCAAGUGAAUUUUAAAAUGUAAAUUAUGUAACAAGCUUUAUGAUUUAGAUUACUUAAACAACCAGGUACUAGCUAUAUGGAAAACGGUGGUCAGUGUGUAACGUGUCAAUUGCGAAUACAGUGUUAGCCGAGUUUGCUGUUAAAUUAGCCAACUAGGCUAAUCCCUGCCUACCGUUACAGUAAUACAGUACAGUUCAGGAUAAUCCCAAUCUGAAUAGAUGUUAUUUGCUAACAUUGCUUAUUGUUAGCUAGCUAACUAACAACUGUCUGACUGUAUUAGCGAACUUGACUGUACACGUUAAUCAGAACUGCACACCGAUUGUCUGCACAUUUUAGUAGAUACAUCAAGAGAGGAAUAUCAUGGAGAUCAACCUCAAUCGAAUUGAUUAUCUGCAGGUUGGGGUGACUUCGCAGAAAACCAUGAGGCUCCUCCCUGCCGUGGGACGUAAAGCAACCCAAAAGGUUGCCGUUGCCGAUUAUGAUGGAGUUAUAACCUGUUUUGGGAUGAAAAAAGGAGAAGCUGUGCCUGUGUUUAAGACCUUGCCAGGGCAGAAGAUCGCUAGGUUGGACCUUGGUGGGGCGAUUGGAACCCCGCAGGAGAAGAUUUUUGUGUGUGCCGGCUCUGAGGUGAAGGGAUUCACCAAGAAAGGCAAACAGUUCCUGUCGUUUGAGGCCAACCUUACAGAAAGCAUUAAUGCCAUGCACGUUUCAGGAGCAGAUCUUUUUGUGUGCGCAAGUUACAUCUACAACCACUAUUGUGACUGCAAGGAUCAGGACUACUAUCUGUCCGGGGACAAAAUCAAUGACAUCGUGUGUCUGCCUGCUGAGAACCUGGGCCGCAUCGUCCCCGUGUUGGCAUGUCAGGACCGCGUUCUCAGGGUGUUAAAGGGAUCUGAGCUGUUGUACGAUAUUGAAGUCCCCGGACCACCUUGCGUUCUGGAACUGUACAACAGAGAUGGAGGGACUAAUGGGGAAGACAUCCUCUAUGGAACUAUAGAUGGCAAACUGGGACUGAUUAGGAUUACAGAUAGCUCAUCCUCUUCUAAAUGGGAGAUUGGUAAUGAGAAGAAGAAAGGAGGUGUUUUGUGCAUGGACACUUUUGAUAUCAUGGGUGACGGGGUGAAGGACAUCCUGGUUGGCAGGGAUGACGGGACAGUGGAGGUCUAUGGGUUUGACUGCUCCAACGAGCCCACGUUGCGCUUUGAGCAUGUGUUGUCGGAAAGCAUCACCUCUAUCCAGGGUGGCUGUGUUGGGAAGGAGUCUUAUGAUGAGGUUCUGACAGCCACAUACACAGGAUGGGUGACAGGGCUGACUACAGAGCCCCAGCAGGCAGAGGCGGGCCCUGGAGAGGAAGUCAAGAUGAGCCGUGAGACCCAGAGCAAAGUGGCAAGCCUUAGGGCGGAGCUUGACCAACUGCAGAUGAAAGUCCUUCAGGGGCGCGAAAAGUACCAGCAAACCUCCCAGUCCAGCACGGCUGUCUCUGCUGUGCCCAUGUUCAGCGUCAACGAUAAGUUCACCCUUUGUCAGGACGAUGCCAGCUACAGCCUCGCCCUCGAAGUGCAGACCGCCAUCGACAACCUGCUUCUGCAGAGCGACGUACCGAUUGAUCUGCUGGACGUUGACAAGAACUCCGCUGUCGUGAGUUUCAGCGAAUGUGAUUCAGAGCAGCCGAAUGGAAAUUUCCUCCUUGCUACAUACAGAUGCCAAGCAAAUACUACACGGCUUGAGCUGAAGGUCAGGUCCAUUGAGGGCCAGUACGGUACUCUACAGGCCUACAUCACCCCACGCCUGCAACCCAAGACCUGCCAGGUCCGCCAGUACCUCAUCAAACCCUUAUCUCUUCACCAGAGAACACACGCCAUCGACCAGGACAGACCCAUGAAUACUUUGAGUCUAGUUGGCCAAUUCAGCUUUGCAGAGAUCCACUCCUGGGUGGUCUUCUGCUUGCCAGAGGUCCCAGAGAAGACCCCAGCCGGGGAGAAUAUAACUUUCUACUUCCAGAACACUUUCCUUGGAACGCAGCUGGAAGCCACAUACUGUAAAGGGGAGAGCCACUUCAAGUCAGACAACAUUUCUACCAUCUCCAUACUGAAAGAUGUCCUCUCCAAAGAAGCCACCAAAAGAAAAAUCAAUCUCAACAUUUCUUAUGAUAUCAAUGACGACUCAGUGGGUCACACACUCAAGAUGAUUCACCCUAAACUCGAGUAUCAGCUGCUAUUAGCCAAAAAGGUUCAGCUGAUUGACGCAUUGAAAGAGCUUCAGGUUCACGAGGGGACUGCAGACUUCCUCAUCCCUGAGUAUCGUAACAUUCUAGACGAGGCUGCCUAUUUGCUAGAAGAAUACAAGAAGCAACCAGCUCACCUGGAAAGAUUAUAUGGUAUGAUAACAGACCUCUUCAUCGACAAAUUUAAAUUCAAAGGACAGAAUGUGAAGACAAAGGUGUCAUUGCUGUUAGAAAUUUUGGAUAACUACGAUCUGGAUUCUUUGAUGAAUUUCUUUAAUGAGGCAUAAUGACAAACAUUGGGACAACCAUUUUUGACUUUGUAUUUGUAAUAUCUUUUGUAUUGUGAUUUAUUGUAUAUAGUUAACUAUUUAUAUUAGUUUUUCUGUGAGAUAUUCAUAGAAUUAUGUAACAUAAUAUGAAGUAUUUAAGUUAACUGUCAAUAGCAUAUGCAUAUGGAAUUUCUUAAUUUCCAUUGGCAAUAAGACCUAUAUUUUGUUGGUUUAUAGCUGUAAUAUUAUUUUCUAUACUCUUUUUGUUAGGUUUGCUGUAUCAUUCUUCAAUUGUAUCUUUUUAGACUACAAAAAUUAUAAUCAUAGAAAAUAUAUUUCAAUAU